UUUCACUAAAUUAUUCCCCAGAACUAUAUGAACAAAAUUCGCUCUGCUCUGGGUAGCCCAUCAUAUAUUCUUACGACCCUUGACAUUCAGAGUGCCACUCCUCCCCAUCUCUCGCCCCAGACAAAAAUGGCGAAACCAAAACCAUCUCUCUCCUUCUUCUUCCUCCUCUUCCUCUUACUCUCCCUCACCACCACCCCAUCACAAUCCUUCGUCCACAGCCACCCCAAACCAGCUCCCACCAGCUUCAUUGUCUCCUCCUGCCGCGCCACCCGCUAUCCGGCCCUCUGCGUCCACUGCCUCGCCGCCUAUGGCCGUGCCAUCCAACGGAGCGACCACCACCUCGCCCAGGCCGCCCUCAUCGUCAGCCUCGCCCGGGCCCGCUCCGCCGCCUCCUUCGUAGCCAAGCUGUCCCGAGCUCGCCGCAUCAAGCUCCGCGAGCUCCGGGCCGUGAGGGACUGCAUUGAGAACAUGGGCGACUCCGUGGACCGUCUCGCCGAUUCGGUGAGGGAGCUCGGGCGCUCGGGUCGGGUCGCGGGCCAGGAUUUCGCGUGGCACAUGAGCAACGUGGAGACAUGGGCGAGCGCCGCACUGACGGACGAGAACACCUGCAUGGAUGGGUUCGGGGGUCGGGUCAUGGACGGGGACCUGAAGGUGGUGGUGAGGCGGAGGGUAGCGAAUGUUGCUCAGGUGACGAGCAACGCCCUGGCUCUCGUGAACCGGUUCGCUUCCAGGCAUGGGACGGUCACGGCAGCGGGAGAUCCUUGAGUGAAGUAAGAGAAUAGGAUUUACCUCGUACUUUGUCAGUUCUUCUUCCCUUUCUUGUUUUGUGUAAAAUGUGGGAGGUGAGCAGCAGCAGUAGCAGUGUGGUGAGUAUUAUUCCUGGCUUGUUAGACGUCGAUCGAAAUGACAAAAAAAAAAAAAAAAAGAAGAAGAAGAAGAAGAAAACGAGCGAACAUUACAUCACUUGUAGUCUUGGGAGUUACCAGUUGUAAAAUACACUCGCUGUACGUGUUCGAUUCGCCGUGUCAAGAUUUGAUAGUUUGAUGUUCCCACCACUAAUCUGACGUCUUUACUUAGUCCACGACACUCGAAUUUGUUUUUCAUAGUUAAUUAGUUUUGUUUGUAAGUAUUAUACAGGUGAAGUAUGAAGCCACGGUAGAUUUCUGCA